ACACUGUAGCAGAGAGCAGUGUUGUGUGUACACCUGCGCGCACUUCUUCCUGUACAAGUAUGUUUGCUCGAAACUGGGAAAGUAGCCCAACCUCCGCCUGCAAGCUGAACUACACCUGGGACGGCGGAGUGUGAUAAUAAGACUACACCGACAGCAAUGCGGUAAAAUAACAACAAUCAUAAUAACAGUAAAUGUCAGGAAACCUCGGCGGCGUGGAUGUUCUCCAGUCUUUGGACAGUUUUAAAAUCGUUUUUUUUUUCAGACUUCACUGUGGUCUCUUUGUUUUAGCUAGCGUCACAUUAGCUGCUUCCGGAAAACGCAACCUUCACACAGAAAAUCAAGAUGAAGACAUGGAGAUAACAUUUCUGACUCUGGAUCAUCGCUUCACAGUUCCAGUGGAUUUUGGACAUGCAGACAUAGUAUUGUUGAAAUAUACCAUACACAGUUUUUAAGGACAUAAGAGGGCACAUCUAUUCCAGAGCCAGAGUUUGGGCUGAACUCAGUCAGUCAAUGGCUACAACAGAAACCAAAGUUGCCGGCAGCGGUUGCUCUGUGGGUCUGUCGUGGGCACGGGUCUGUAAGGAAUGCGGCCAGCAGCAUGAAGGCCUCGAAAGCCACUUGUAUGAGUACCAGGAUGAUGUGGAUGAUGAACUGGUUUGCCACAUAUGUCUGCAACCCCUUAUCAGACCUAUGGACACCCCCUGUGGCCACACCUAUUGCUUUCAUUGUCUGAGCAACUUCUUGAAGGAGCAGGACUUCUGCCCCGUGGACCGCCAGCGGCUGCAGUUACACCAGUGCCGUCCUUCCAGCCUGCUGGUCAGGAACCUGCUGGACAAGCUGACUGUGAUGUGCCCCCACAGUGCAGAGUGUAAGCAGCAGAUGCAACGCUGUGAACUGCAGCCUCACCUGCACAACAGAUGCCCUGCUUUUAGAAGACUGAGGGAGGAAGCAGAGAAGAGGAAGAGGCCCUCAUGGAACGAGCUAAAGGGACGUAAGGGUGACGGGGAGUCGUCCGGUGACGCUAAACAUUCAGCAUCUCUGUCCCGAAAUCCCACCCGAGAUCAGCCCGAGCCCGGGCUCAUUAAUCCUGCCUAUGAAGAAAGUGAGGAUGACAACACCCCUCUGCGGUCCAGUCUGGUGGCCGAAGCCAACGUAGUGGAGCUGUUCAGAGAGGAGCCGGAAGAGGAUCUGGGCCUCCGGAUCGUGGGGGGGAAAGACACACCGCUGGGGAACAUAGUCAUCCAGGAGAUUGUCAGGGACUCUCUAGCAGCUCGUGAUGGCAGACUGGCCCCAGGGGACCACAUCUUAGAGGUGAAUGACAUCAGUUUGGCUUCGGUUCCCCACGCCCGAGCCAUCGCAGUGCUGCAGCAGCCUUCGCUCCUCAGGCUCACCGUUAUGCAGGAGAAAGGCUUCAAAUCAAGGGAUCCUCGAUCUGAUCAUCUGAGCACCACCUCCACUUCUUCCCAACCCUGUCACAGUCCCCACGGCAACGCAACCUCCAAUCACAAUCCGGGCACAGUCCUGCAGGUGACGCUAAUGAAGGGUCAGCGCAGCGAACCACUCGGCAUCAAACUCAUUCGCAAAUCGGAUGAGAGUGGAGUUUUCAUUCUAGACCUGCUGUCUGGUGGUUUAGCAGCCAAAGAUGGAAAACUGAGGAACAAUGACAAGGUGCUGGCCAUCAAUGGACACGACCUGAGACAUGGGACACCUGAGAGCGCUGCCAAUAUCAUACAGGCGAGCGAGGUGCGUGUGAACUUUGUGGUGAUGAGACAUGCAGAAACCCCCGAGGAAGGAGGCAGCAGCAGAGACGGACAACACGGCAGAGCAGCCAGGAGGCCUGAGCCGCAGUACUUCAGGCGCUCGUCCACCUACGUGAAGGAUCCUCCAGGUGGGUUUUCCAGCCAGGAGAAGACUGUGAGCCUGAAAAAGGAGCCUCGGCUCUCCCUGGGCAUCACCAUUGCCGGGGGCAGGGACUGUCGCAGCCGCCUGCCGGUUUACAUCACGAGUGUACAGCCUGUCGGCUGUCUGCACCGAGAUGGCACCAUCAAAAGAGGUGACGUUCUGCUGAGCAUCAACGGUGUUGAUCUGACCCAGCUGACCUACAAUGAGGCGGUUUCUGCGCUCAAGACUCAGACAGCUCAGUCCCAGGUGGUGCUCCGCGUCAUCCAGACCCUCUCAGAGGACUUGUCAGAGGACACCGAGGCUGCCAACAAGGACGAACUGGACACUAUGGACGACCUACGAGACGACGCCCUAAAUUGGACGCCGCUGUGGACUCGCUGGCUGGGAUUACCAAGUCACAUGCACUGGUGCCGGGACAUCGUCCUGCAUAAAACCAACAACGAGAGCUGGGGCUUCAGCAUCGUGGGAGGCUACGAGGAGAGCCACGGCCAGCAGCCUUUCUUCAUCAAAACCAUUGUGCCGGGUACACCUGCUCACUUUGACGGACGCCUCAAGUGCGGUGAUGAGAUAGUGGCGGUGAACGGAGCCACAACAGUGGGAAUGAACAACUCUUCUCUCAUCCCUAUGCUCAAGCUGCAGAAGAAUAAAGUCACGCUGACUGUGGUGUCCUGGCCUGGGAGUCUCGUGUAGUAAAACACAGUUUUCUUACUAUCAUCCACACAGCUGAUCACAUGCACAAACAGAUCAUUGCCCUGUUCUCACUGUCCCCACCAUAUGUAGCUCACUGUUAGGUUACAUUUUUUUGGUAUAUCUUUUGGUCAGUUUGUUGGCUUGGUAAUAGAGAGCGCAGGUACUUAAAAAAAACAUGAUGUGUACAGUGGAAAUGAAGCAUAAGUCUCAGCAGGUUUGUGUUUGUUUCAGAGUCCUCACGCACUCUUAGAGCAGAUGAUUGCACGAAAUGAGUUUAAUCAGGGUGCAGAAAUGAUGACAAUCAGUGAAUUACUGUGUAUUUUAAGGGCAAACUGGAAGGAUAGUAGUUUUUUAAUAGGCUAACUUUUUAAUCUUUUUAUGUACAUUUGCUUUCCUGUUAAAUAAUAUCAUUUGUUCUUCCUGACUUGCGUCAAGUGACUCGCACAAACAGCAUCCAAAGAUGAAAUGUAUUGCUUACAAUACACGUAGAAAGUUGCGAUGAAGAAUUAUAAACGACUACAUGUAACAAAAUGGCUGCUGACUGCACAGAGCGACGCCAAAGACAGAAAAGUCAUCCUGUUCGGCGCCUUUUGUCCCGCCAGUGUGAGCAUCAACUGUACUUGCAUUGCUCAUUCAAAACAUGCAGUAUAGUGACAUAAACAAUAAAAUCAACAGCUGUGUUGUUGUAGAAAUUGACAUUUUGACAAGGAGGUUGUUGAAAAGCCAAAGAAAAAAAAAACUCACUUUUGGUUUCACUUUUUAGCUGUGGCAGAUAAAAAGUCUGAAAUAUCUGAGGUUCGGUCCUAUCGAAGCUAAUAAAGAUAAUUAAUAAAAUCUUACAUGCUCCUAAACUUAGGAAACCUGCACAACUGUUUAAUAAAAGUUGAAACUGGUCCAAAUUUAUUUACAGGAAAUGAACUUGGAUACGUUUAUGUUGUUACUGAAGCAAAUAAUUCUGUGUUUGGUCUUAAUCAGAAGUGUUGAAUGAAUCUGUAAAUUCCACAGUCAACAGCUUUUGAUUUCUUAAUUGGUACAUGUCCAUUGACAUGCACUCUGUAUUUAUUUUCCAUAUGAAAGAUAUGCUCACACUGAAGGACAAACCAGAAAGUAUACUUGCCUUAAAUCUCCACUGUUCUAAAUUGUAUUUCCUCUCAUUAAAUACAGUUUAUAGGCCUUGUUCACUUACGGUUGUGUUACCUCACUACCACAUUCCCAGUGGCCUUUCGAGUACUUUCUGUGGUUGUGUGUAUUAGCAAGUCUACUGUUUCAUUAUGUUGAAUAAAAUCAUAACAAGUCA